GCAUUGGAGGUCCUACACAUUCAAAUGGACUUCUGUGACCUAUAUCAAAGACCGCAAUUCUGCCGAGAUCUGUCUACAAGCUUACCAAACCUCUCAACUCUCAGUUUGACGAUGGCUGCUCAAAAUUCACGCGGGAUACUUGACGGGACCAUUCACCUUCCACGACUACGAGCGCUAUUCCUAACAUUCACUGCAUUCGGCCUUGCAGAAUCCACGUUGAGUCUUUGGGACCUACCUUCUCUUUGCUUUGUGUCUCUCUUUUUACCGAUUGGGAGCAGGAAUGUGCGACCGGUCAAAACCGUACCAGGCUUUGUUGUGAAGUUUUUACAGCGAUACGGUGGGCAGAUCGAAGGACUCAGGAUUUUCCCGGGACAAUGGACCAACACCGAGAGACAAUUGACGAUUCCGAUGAAUGAGGUGGAAGAAGCGGAGCUAUGGAGCUCUUUGGUCGCAUUGAGGUUAUUUAGUACUGAUUUCACUCGUUUUCCUCUAGACACCUUACCCUCUUCAACGAUCGACUUUUUCGCAAGGAUACAGCACCUUUGGCAAAAAGGAAAAUCCGCUCCAAAUGAUUACUUGGAUGGAGUCACAGCUGUUGUGAAUAUAUGUCCAAAUUUGCAAACUCUCAGAUUCGAUCGAGAGGGCGAGCGUGUUCUUGGUCCGACUUGGUCACCAUUACACUCACAAAACAGUCGAAAGCUAAGAAAAAUAUGUGAAGACCGUCAAAUUACAUUACUAGGGCCACCAGAGGAAACGAUACUGGGUAAAAUGGGAUCCGGCUAUAAGAAGGAAUUAAGGGCGAGAAAGGAAUCGCCUGGUGAGACUCGCUACAUUGUAAAUUACCUCUAUGGUAGUUGA